CCCGUCCACCAAGGGCAAGAAGGUGAGCAGCGGCAAGCUCGUGGACCGGUACCGCAACGUGCGCAAGCUGCUCUACGCGCUCUCUAAGAAGGGGGGCGAGCCCGCCCCCCGUGACGACUCCCCACCUCCCCCCGACGAGGGGGAGGAGGGAGGGGGGGCCCAGGACCACGGGGCCCAUGAGCUGGCCCAGCUGAUAGCCUCCUCCUCAGGGAUGGGGAGGCCCGAAGGAGACAGCGGGCCCCACCGAGGUUACGACAACUCUCAGGCCAUGGUGUCCUCCACCAGCUGGGCCCCAGCGGGGGAUGGAGGAGGGGGGUACUGGGGGGCCCGACCACCUGUGGUGGGGUAUGGGCCCCCAGGUGGGCCCCACUACGGCAGCAGCCUGCAGCUGUUCCCUGGGGCCCGCACGUUGGGCCAACAUCUCGCCUCCAGUGAGCUGGGUCGGGCCCUCGUGGCCUCAUACCGACGCAAGAAUAACUUCGAGCCCUCAGAGAGGCGCAAGCUGGUGCAGGUGAGGCCAUGUGAGAGGCGCAAGCUGGUGCAG